AUGGGGGGUAUACACCACGUCAUAGAGCCGGCGAUACUAGCAGACAUGGGGGGUGAACAAGAUUCGUCCGAUGCCUCUGUCGCAGAGCGCAGACAAGCAGACUAUGGAAGCGUUGAUAUCAGCAACGAUGACACAGUAAUUUCCAAGGGCUCACUAGAUCCUGUGUACGAGGCCAAGGCCAAGAUUCUCAAUCGCGCGGUGCAAGACAUCGGCAUGGGAUGGUACCAAUGGCAGCUCUUCAUCGUCGUCGGGUUCGGCUGGGCUAGCGACAACCUCUGGCCCGUCGUCACGUCGCUCAUCCUCAAGCCCAUCGCCAACGAGUUCCUGCCCACGCGCCCGCCGCUACUCGUCCUCGCCCAAAACAUUGGCCUCCUCGCCGGCGCUGCUUUUUGGGGCUUUGGCUGCGACAUAUUCGGCCGCAAAUGGGCCUUUAACCUCACGCUCGGCCUCACAGCCUUUUGGGGCCUCGUGUCGGCCAGCGCGCCCAGCUUUGCCGCCAUUGGUGUCUUCAACGCCCUCUGGUCCUUUGGCGUCGGCGGCAACCUGCCCGUCGACUCGGCCAUCUUUCUCGAGUUCCUGCCUCAGUCGCACCAGUACCUGCUGACGGUGCUGUCCAUCGACUGGGCCGUUGCCCAGGUCGUCUGCAACCUGAUUGCCUGGCCGCUCCUCGGCAACCUGACCUGUCCCCAGGAUGCCACCGUGUGCCGCCGCCAGGACAACAUGGGCUGGCGCUACUUUCUCAUCGCCGUCGGUGGCCUGACCAUGAUUAUGUUCUUGGCGCGUUUCCUUCUGUUUAAGCUGCAUGAGUCGCCCAAGUAUCUCAUAGGCAAGGGCCGCGACGAGGACGCUGUUCGAGUCGUGCACGAGGUCGCCCGUAUCAACGGAAAGACGAGCACCCUCACGGUUGAAGACCUCCGCGCCUGCGAGCCCGAGAGCUACGUCGCGCAGACAGAUACCGCCGCUGUCGUUCGCAGGCACUUGCAGAAGCUGGAUACCAAGAAGAUUAAGACGCUCUUCUCCACCAGAAGCCUAGCCCUGAGCACCUCGUUGAUCAUGCUACUGUGGGCACUCAUCGGCCUUGCAUUCCCGCUCUACAACGCCUUCCUGCCUUAUAUCCAGGACUCCCGCGGUGCCGACUUUGGUGAUGGCAGCACCUAUCUCACCUAUCGCAACACACUCAUCAUUUCUACACUCGGUGUGCCGGGCGCCUUGAUCGGCGGCCUCCUCGUGGAACUGCCUCGUCUUGGUCGCAAGGGCACGCUGUCCAUCUUCACAGCGCUUACCGGCGUUUUCCUGUACUGUUCGACGACGGCCAAGACAAGCGAAGCGCUGCUUGGCUGGAAUUGCGCCUUCAACUUUUGCAGCAACGUCAUGUACGCUGUUUUGUACGGCUACACGCCCGAGAUUUUCCCCACGCCACAGCGUGGUACGGGCAACGCACUGGCUGCCAUUUGCAACCGCGUAUUUGGCAUCAUGGCCGUAAGUAUAACCCUCCACGAUCAAUUUCCUCUCGGUGCCUUGUCUAACCUGAUCCAGCCCAUCAUUGUCAUGUUUGCAAACCUCCAAACCUCGGCUCCUGUAUAUACCAGCGGCGCUCUAUUCCUUGCCGCAGGAGUCAUUGUUAUUCUGCUACCAUUUGAGUCAAGGGGCAAAGCCGCCAUGUAA